AUGUCGCUCGCUCCCGCGGCUAUGCCUGGCCAACGCGCUCCUUCUCCCGGCGCUGCCAACUUUGCUUCCAACAACCCCUUCCGCCGUGCUGCUUCUCCUCUACCUUCGCCCGAGCACAGAAUGUCCAACAACCCAUUUCUCGACCCUCCGGCCCCGCAGCGACAGGCACCUUCCAACUCUUUCACUGAGGACAUUUUUAAGGAUUUGUCAUUGCUCGACAAGCCCAGCUCAGGAGCUACCCCUGCACCUCGCAGCAAUGGUGUUCCCCGAACAGGCACUAUGCCAUCCCAGCACCGACCCGCACGCUCACAAGAGGAUGAAUCUCGCCGACGCGGCCCCGCUCCUCCGCGGGGUCCACCACGCCCUCCAAGGGAGAACGGUCUAGAAAUUAUUGCUGGCGCGUCCAAAGUCGAAAGUAGACGCCCUCGUCGCAAUUCGGAAUCAUCAAUCCUGGAUACCAGAGAGGAAGACAGAAAGAGGAGAGAGCGUCGCAAGGAGCGCGAAGAACGUCGCGAAAGGGAGGGACGAACCAAGGAUGGAAAAUCCAAGCCUACCAGGAAGCCCCAGGGACUUGACCUGAUUGACAAGCUUGAUGUCACAGGCAUUUACGGCCAAGGACUUUUCCACCACGACGGACCUUUCGAUGCAUGCAACCCCCAUCGCAACCGUAAAAAGGAUGUUCGUGCCCCUAUGCAAGCAUUCCCCGCAGAUUCGGCCAACAACGCCCUGGGAGGAUCCGGACCUUUGAACAAGAACAUCGAUCUCGACAGGUUUCAUGGACGUGGCGACGAUGCAUUCAACGAUUACUCCCAGUCUCGUGUCCAACCACCUGCUAAGCAAGUGCAAUCCUUCAACCCUACCGAUCGCGUCGAACAGAUUCACACCUCGGAGUCAGUUGGCUUGGGCACCUCAACUUUCCUCGAGGGUGCUCCAGCUUCGAGAAAGGACCUUCAACGCCGAGAAUCCGAAACCGAGACUUCUGCUUUCCCGGGAGGCGGCCUGACCCGCAAGAAGUCACUGGCCGUACGUCUGAGAGGACUCUCGCAGAACCGCACCGUGACUUCGCCCGACGGAAACUAUGGCGCCAUGUCACCAAACAGCCCUGGUCAAGUGCAGAGUGCAGGUGGUAGAAACCGUAUUGCAGCAACCAGCAAGGAGAGCAACCCCUUCUUUUCCGACUAUAACGAUGCCUAUGAGAAGAAGGGCGCAACCAUCCGUUACGCUGAAGAGACCAAGGGUAGCCGAACCAGAGCACCAAGCUCGCCUCCCCGAAACGGUCUCACUAGAAGUAUCACCGCAGACAGUGUACCAACUGCUUCGAACGACAUGCCCGAGAAGAGUAGCGGAGGCGGGUUCCUCAACCGCAUGAAGAGUUUGAAGGGUGGGCGCAGAGCUAGACCCGAGAGAAGAGGGUCUUGA